CUGGGAAAGCGGUGGGCAUUGGCGCUUCCGGUUUAGAACCUGGAAGUUGAUUUCGUUCCCUUCCCACCUUUUUCCUCUCCGGUGUUCGCUACGAAAAUCGGAGCCCCGCCUCCUCCUCUCGGGGACCGGUAGUAGGAGGCGGGGCUAUGGAGACGGAGUAUUACGGCGAGGAACCAUCAGAUGAUGGUGGAGCUACUCCAGUGCAGGAUGAGCGUGAUUCUGGAUCAGACAUGGAAGAAAAUGGAAAUGAACCACACUCUGGAUCAGAAAAUGAAAGCAUAGGACAACAUUCAGAGAAUGAACUCAGCGAUGAAGAUGAUGAUGGACGAACUAGAGGCCACCCUAUGACAGACUCUGAAAAUGAAGAUACCCCAAGGCAAAAACAUAGUGAUUCAGAAAAUGAGGAUGCCCCAAAUCACAAUGCCAGUGACUCAGAAAAUGAAGGGGUUCGUGUAGGUAAAGACACUAAUUCUGAUAACGAGGAUCACCCUGUUCACCGUGCCAGUGACUCUGAGAAUGAGGAUGCUGUAAAUCCUCAGGCAAGUGAUUCUGAAAAUGAUGAACCUCCUAAAGGCCAUGAUAGCGAUUCUGAAAAUGAGGAACCUCAGAAGCCCAUGGCCGAUGAAUCUGAAAAUGAGGGCUCACACAAAGAUCAUACCAGUGACUUAGAAAAUGAGGAGCCCCCAAAACAUCGAGCAAGUGACUCAGAAAAUGAAGAACAUCCAAAAAUUCACAAUAGCGAUUCAGAGAAUGAAAUGGUUCCAAAACCUCUUGCCAGUGACUCUGAAAACGAGGAGCCAAAGGCUCAGCCUAGUGACUCUGAAACCGAAGAUGCCCCUGGAGGCAAACAAAGAACAGAGUCAGGCAGCAGUGAUAGGGAGAAUAAGAAAGAGGAGGAAACUGAGAACAGCGCUCCACUUUCAGACAGCGAUCCACCAGGAAAACGAUCUCAUGGCUCUGAUAGUGAGGAAGAAGAUGGCCCUAAAAAACGGAAGAUAGCAGACAGCGAUGAAGAAGGAGGUGAAGAGGAGGAAAAAUCAGCAAAGAGGAAAACUGCUGUACUCUCUGAUAGUGAAGAUGAUGAAAAAACACCUGUGAAAAAGGGUCGUCUAAUCUCUGACGGUGAAGAAUCAGAUAGUGAUGCUGCAUCGGAGAAAUAUGAGAAGCAAAAGAAACCUAUAGCUUCAGAUAGCGAUGAGCAGGAAGAUGAUGACAAGGCCGAUGAUGCUGGGAAGAAGAAGGAAGAGAAAGACCUCUUCGGGAGUGACAGCGAAUCGGGAAAUGAACAAGAAAACCUCAUUGCAGAUAUUUUUGGAGAAUCUGGAGAUGAAGAGGAGGAGGAGUUCACAGGAUUCAACCAGGAGGAUUUGGAAGAAGAGAAAGGAGAAAGGAAAGGAACAGCAGAUGAUUCAGACUCAGAUGACAAUAUCAGACGAGGAAAACAUCUCGACUUCAUGUCAGAUUUUGACAUGAUGCUACAGCGGAAAAAAAGCAUGAGUGGCAAGCGCCGGCGCAAUCGUGAUGGCGGAACAUUUAUUAGUGAUGCUGAUGAUGUUGUCAGUGCUAUGAUCGUUAAGAUGAAUGAAGCUGCAGAGGAAGACAGGCAGUUGAACACACAGAAGAAACCAGCACUAAAAAAAUUAACUUUGCUUCCAACUGUAGUUAUGCAUCUGAAAAAGCAGGAUUUGAAGGAAACUUUCAUUGACAGUGGUGUGAUGUCAGCUAUCAAAGAGUGGCUUUCUCCCCUACCAGACAGGAGUCUUCCAGCACUGAAAAUUCGAGAGGAGCUUCUGAAGAUUCUGCAAGAGCUACCUAGUGUGAGCCAAGAGACCUUAAAGCACAGUGGGAUUGGGCGAGCUGUGAUGUAUCUCUACAAACACCCUAAGGAAUCACGGCCCAACAAGGACAUGGCAGGGAAACUAAUUAAUGAAUGGUCACGGCCUAUUUUUGGUCUAACCUCAAACUACAAAGGAAUGACAAGAGAAGAAAGAGAACAGAGGGAUCUGGAACAGAUGCCACAGCGAAGGCGGUUGAGCAGCUCUGGUGGUCAAACCCCCCGCAGGGACUUGGAGAAGGUGUUGACAGGAGAGGAAAAAGCUCUUAGGCCUGGUGAUCCAGGAUUUUGUGCUCGUGCAAGAGUUCCAAUGCCCUCCAACAAAGAUUAUGUGGUCAGACCAAAGUGGAACGUGGAAAUGGAAACUUCCAGGUUUCAGGCCAGCUCUAAGAAAGGAGUCAGUCGACUGGACAAACAGAUGCGGAAGUUCACAGAUAUCAGGAAAAAAAGCAGAACGUCUCAUGCUGUGAAGAUCAGCAUUGAAGGAAACAAAAUGCCCUUGUGACAUCACAAUGGAUCUUCUUGGAAUCCUCCUGAAAGUGCACCUAGAGACUCUCUGAAGAUGUCUACAUUUUUAAAACAAACUGAUUUUUUUUAAAGUGUCUUCAAAUUGUUGGUUCAGCUUGUAGUAAUAUGUCUGAGGCUUUUGACUCCCUUACCCACUGCCCAAGCUGUUGUUCAUUAUGAUUGUAUUUAACUCCAAUCUCAUGUGUCCUUUGUACAGAUGGAACCUUGUAUUGCCUCAGCCCUCAGACAAUAAAAUCUCUUUCGGAUGUU